UGUUUCCUUCCGCAACAAGACGAUUUGGCGCAGAAAAAAAUAAACAAGUUGAAGUUUGCCGGAUUGUGCGAGUGCAUAUCGUAUUUUAUUGAUUAUUUUGUUCUUGUCCUAUAUAAGAAUAAAGCUCAAUCGUAAUGACUGUUCUUACGAAGCAGAGUCGUUUAAUUAAAAAGGAGGAGGUGUCGGAGGCUCCUCUUGUUCACGAAAAGGUUUGCGAUGAAGAGAAGAUCGACAUCCACCCAGGUGUGCCGGUGGCGUGGGUGGGCCGCCGCGCCUCCGCGGGGCUGAUGUGCCUGACCCUGAUGGCCCUUUUCAUGGCUUCCGUGGGCAUCGUCACCGGGCUGGUGCUCUACAGGCAGUACCUGCGCACCGCGCACCGCUAUCAGGGCAUCUGCAGCAUCCCUAUCAACGAAGACCCGAUAACCCAUGUCCGUUGGAGGGGGGACCCUGACGUGCCGAUGUUGUUGAGCCCCGACGAGGACAACAACGAAACUGAGGACACGCUGGUUGAGAGAUUCGACAUCGGAGACAAUUACGAGAAGGUGCUAGUGCUGGACAGCGGGCGCAACUUCGAGUUCAUCCACGACUUCACUGUCAACCUCACUGCGAUAGUGGACGACACGCGCUGCUUCAUGAUGUCGCUGGACCCAAGCAUCCUGCUGCCGCCGGAGCAGCUGAUGCUGGGGCUGCGCUCCGGCGCGCGCUUCGACGUGUCGCGCGUGCGCAGCGCGCUGCGCGCCGACCUGCGCGCGCGUCCACCCCCCCCCACCGCGUCCGCCUUCCUCUUGCUCGACGCCUGCCUCGACAAGCCCACUUACAUGCUCAAGAUGGAUGACACUGCUCUCGUGCGCAAGCGCUCGGCUUCGGAGCCGCCGCGUGAGUUCAUCCAGUUCUCGGGCAAGCACGUGCAGGAGAUCGAGAUCGGCAACAUGGCCGAGCUGCUGCAGUACGAGAAGAAUUUGGGCCGCCCCGGAGCCCCCGCGGCCGCGGAGCCGGCUCCGGCCCGCGGGAUCUAGGAUAGACCUCUUAGUGAAUGAAUUUUAAUGUUAAACCCCCCCAAGUAGGUCCCGAUAUGAAGGUUUGGUGACCGGAAAAGUAAAAAUUGUGAUUUCGCCAAGAAAGUACUAAAUAUGUUGCCAUUUCAUUACGAGCAUAAAUAUAAUGGCAACACCAUUUUUUAUUUUUCUGGUCGGUAUAUUUAUAAAGUACUAAGAAAAAUGGCAUUUAAUUAAGGUUUCCAUAUUUAUUAUGGGAAGCUUCUAAAAUAUAUUUUAUUCAAAUAAUGAAAUAUGAACGCACAUGACAUACUUUUGAGGCUUGUAAAUUUUUAAUAGGGAAUAUUACGCAAAGCUCGGCGCAGAUGGCUCUACUGUUAGAACUAGGGUUAACAAACAUUACCUAUGGAAACUUUGCAGCGUUUGACCGGUUUCCCAUAGAUUUCGAAUUUUUUAUCUUUUGGAAAACGAUUUUCCCAAUAUUUCGGCACCCGAAUACGCAACACUGUUGUAAAUUUUCACAAACGAAUGCUUACAUAAUGAAACAAUAAAAUACUCUAAAAUAAACGUUUUGAUCGACUUAGUAAAAAGGUUUUGUUUACCGUUUGGUGCUGCACUCUGGCGGGAUAAAAUCGCAGUAAUACUAGGGAGUAUUACUGCGAUUUUAUUAUUAAAUUAUUAUAUAUUGAUCUCAAAUAUUGAAACUGAUUUUACAAGACUUGAUUUGCACAAAUUUUAUGCUGAAUUUGUUCAAGUAUAAUGAAUUGAAUGUAUUUGGAUUAUUAAAUUGUGUCUUCUAUUUUUUAUCUAUUUACGUAUUAUAAGAUUAUUUUUGUAGCGUAGAUCAUAAUCGAUUAUUUUUAUUAUUCAUCUAAAAUCCAUGUGAUUUUGUGAAAUGCAAUUUCUUACAUCGUAAUAUUUACUACUCAAUAAAACUCUGCUUUUAUUUGACAUUUUAAAUUGAAUCUUUAAAAAAAAUAAUUAUACAUACAGUUUAUAUGGAUGCAUAAAUAAAUAAUGUGUCAAAAAUGAGGAAAUUUAGAAAAGAGUACAGGUGUUUGGGAUUCCUACGGCAGAAUGGGGAUGUAUAUGUUAGAUUUAGUCCAAACUUAUAGAUGUUAAGAAAAUCACUUAGUCAUUCUGGUUGCAUGUUUAGUUUAGCAUGUCGUAAAACAAAAGACACCAACAAAUAUAUAAGCAUUUCAUUCUUUUGGAAUUUGAAUUGUAGACAAUUCUAUAGAUCUCAAUGUGUGUGCUAAUUCAUGUACUCAAUGUCUUUAAAACUUUAUUAGAAGAACUCAUACUUUACAUUAAAUGAAUAUUUAAUGAAUAUUCACCAAAAAUACUAAAAUAAUUUCUUGAAAAACACAAGUGCAGAUCUUGAGGGCUUUAACAAAAGUCUGAUUAUGGAUACAUCACUCAUCUCUCAAGGAGUUUUGGUGUUAUCGUCGAAUAAAGUAAUACACAUACAUGAAUUCGGAAACAUAAGCUCCUUUUUUGGGCAGUCGGGUAGGUAAACAUGCAAAUUGAAAAGUCGAAUUGAAAUUAACUUAAAAUGUAUUUGAGUAUUUCCGCCUUCGUUUAUGUUUUUGCAUGAAUGUCUUCGUUAUAUUGUUGUCGCAAAGUAUUAUCAACUCCGAAUACUUAGCACCCAAGUGCCAUCUCAUGAUUUUAAUUAUUAAGUAAACUGACGUUUUAGUUUUCUCUCGGUUAUUUAAAAUAUACAAACAUUUCCAUUUUUACUAUGUGUCAAAAGUGAAGAAAAUUUAAUUUUGACGAAUUAAUUAUUUUUGCUAUUGCAAUACCUAAUUGAAUGGUCAAGAUUGGUUGAUAAACACUGUGAUAAACACCCAGUGUAGCCAGCCUACAAGAGACAGUGACAUUUAAUUUCUUCACCUUCCUGACAGGUUGUAUUAGACAAAUAAUGAAACUACGUCACUAACAGAUAAAGUUCAUUAUCAUCUGUCAAGAAAAUGUUUGAAAUGAAUUAUUGGUAACGGAAUUUAUCAGUUGCAAUAAGAUCUGAGGCUAUUGAUUUUUUCUAGAUUAAGAAUGAUUUUAUCUCCACAACUAAAUUGUGAAAUAUUGUUGCACGAUGUAAGGGCCACGCCCCAUUGCUCCGUCGACCUCAGUCACGUUGACAUACGUCGACAGACAACACAGAAGUUGUAUGGAGAUUUGACGUACGUCAACACACGUUGUGUCAAAGGUCCUAUGGUAAACAACGGAGUUGCAACGUGCUGCGUCGUGCGAGCAAUGGAGCGCGACUCUAACUAAACUAUUUUUUGUUAUCACAUUACUGUUACUUGAUGUUAGUGCUGUAUUCACAUUAAAGUUAUCAGUAAAUAAAGUAUCUAUGGAUUAAA